CGGCUUGGCUGCGGCGCGGGGUGAAGGGCCUUGGUGGGGCCGGCGUGGGCCUUGCCGCUGCCGGCUCGGUCGGUUCGGCUCCCUGCCCUUCUGAGGACGUGGCCGCUGGGCCAGCGCGCCGGGACGCGGACGGGGCUUCACUGAGGAGGAUAGCCCCGCGUCCGUGUCGUGUGCCCCAGCGCUUCAGAGGGGAGGGGACCCGGCCUGGCCGAGCCGCGCGGGAGAAGAAAAAAUGACCUAAGUACCAUCUAGACUUUGUGGCCAAGGGCAGGAGCAGGGGUAGGGCUGCCAGGAGGAUGGCUUUGCCUGGAAGCUUGCGGAGGCAGCCUGCAAACAGAGGCCUUGUGUCCCAUUUCACCCACCAUCAUGUCGUCGUGUUCCUGCUGACUUUCUUCAGUUAUUCCCUGCUCCAUGCUUCCAGAAAGACGUUCAGUAAUGUCAAAGUCAGCAUCUCCAGCCAAUGGACUCCCUCCUGCCUUAACAGCACAGCCCCUGAGCUCCGGCCAUAUGAGCUCUGGAACAGCAGUCAUUUAUUUCCAAAUGCAGAAGAAGCAACUCUCUUCUUGGGAACACUGGACACCAUCUUUUUGUUUUCCUAUGCUAUGGGUCUCUUUGUCAGUGGCAUAGUUGGGGACCGCCUGAACUUACGCUGGGUUUUGUCUUUUGGCAUGUGUUCCUCUGCUCUGGUGGUAUUCUUCUUUGGCACGCUCACAGAAUGGUUGCAUUUCUACAACAAAUGGUUCUACUGCUGUCUCUGGGUUGUGAAUGGCUUGCUGCAGUCUACCGGUUGGCCCUGUGUGGUUGCUGUCAUGGGCAAUUGGUUUGGAAAAGCUGGGAGAGGGUUUGUGUUUGGCCUCUGGAGUGCCUGUGCAUCUGUGGGAAAUAUCCUUGGGGCGUUCCUUGCCUCCUGUGUUCUCAAAUACGGCUAUGAGUAUGCUUUCCUGGUGACUGCCUCAGUACAGUUUGCUGGAGGAGUCAUUGUCUUCUUUGGGCUCCUGACAUCACCGAAGGAAGUGGGCCUCCCGGAGCUUGGAGCAGAUGAGGACAGCAGUGCUGAGGAAGAUGCCAACAGGCCUUUAAUGGGCGACGAUGACGCAGACGAUGACGACAACCGGAAUUACUCCAUUCAGGCAACUGACACCGACAGCCAGCCGAAGGCCAUUGGCUUUUUCCAGGCUUGUUGCCUUCCGGGUGUAGUACUGUACUCUUUGGCUUACGCCUGCUUGAAACUGGUGAAUUACUCUUUCUUCUUCUGGCUGCCCUUCUACCUCAGCAACAACUUUGGAUGGAAAGAAGCAGAAGCUGACCAGCUCUCCAUCUGGUAUGAUGUGGGAGGAAUUAUAGGUGGGACUAUCCAAGGGUUGAUUUCUGAUGUGUUGCAGAAGAGAGCCCCAGUGCUAGCCAUUAGCCUGCUCUUUGCUGUAGGCUCCCUUUUUGGAUACAGCCGUUCUCCAAACAGCAAACCUAUCAAUGCUGUGAUCAUGGCAAUAACAGGAUUUUUCAUUGGAGGCCCUUCUAACAUGAUCAGCUCUGCAAUUUCUGCUGACCUGGGACGCCAGGAUCUGGUGAGAGGCAGCAGUGAGGCUCUGGCAACAGUCACUGGAAUCGUGGAUGGAACUGGCAGUAUUGGUGCUGCGGUGGGCCAGUAUCUAGUGUCUUUGAUCCAGGACAACCUGGGAUGGAUGUGGGUUUUCUAUUUCUUUAUUCUAAUGACGAGUUCGACGAUCCUCUUCAUUUCACCGUUGAUAGUGAGGGAGGUGAGAUUGCUGCUGCACGAGCGGCGCCUGCGAGCGCUGGCGCAGUGACUCCCGCUUGCCUCUGGAAAGACUUGGCUCCACAGACCCGACGGCUGGGACACUAACCAGAGCUCUUCCAGACUUGUCUUUUACAUCCUCCAGGUUUGGACUAACUCAGAAUGGCUCUGCAAGAACUCAUUGAGCUGCCUUUGGUCAGCUCAGUAGUAAAGCACCAAAUACCCGUCCUGAGACCGGCCGCAUUGUGGAGCUUGACCUGAGCUUGACAAUCCCCUGGGCUGGUGGAUCGUCCCUCCCUAGCAGCCUCCCCAGUGGCAGUGGUUCGCUCUGGGGGCUUCUCUUGGGCGGCCUCACUGCUGCACCCUUUCUUAUUUAUUUCUGGAUGUCCUGACCAAAGGUCGACUGUUUCAAACUGACAGUGGAGAGGCUGUCUUGCAAGGGAUUUUGAUGCUGGUGAAAUCAUCCAGUGCAUUUCAUGGGUAGUCCAAGUUGACUGUCACUUUAGCUUUUAAAAAGGGCAAACAGAGUUCUUUGGGAUUUGUUCUGUCCGGCUGUUUAGAAAAGGAAGAUGUUGCUAAACCUCUUGCACAGACAGACCUCUGCUAUCCCCACCUAUUAACUGUCACAUGUUCCAGUAGAGUCACAUGGAGAAGUUACCUCCACACUUGUUUUUAGCAUUUUUUAAUAAUAAUGUUACUAAUCUCUGGGAAAUGAGAUUUUGGUUUUUAACUAUUUAAGCAGACAAAUAGCGUGCAAUACUUUACUGUGAUCCCUGACAAUAAGCCUUAAUAGAUCCUUUGUGUCUUAAAGGAUCCUUGAACGGCUUCUGGGAUCACUAAUGGGACACAAAUACUUUCACUACUGCUUUAUUAUUUGAACUCUGAUCAAUACUGACCAAAAUGGGGCUAUUGAGUGACCCUUUGAAGGAAGCUGGUGUCACUGGUUUCAUAAUUGCUCAUCUCCAGCAAAGGAGAGUGGAAUUAAAGAAAUUGGAAGGGGCCUGGCUGCUCUCAGUCGUGGGCUUCCCGGCAAGGGCUGGGGUGCACUCGUGGGAUGGCAUCAGGGAGCAAGUGCUGCUCUCUUCUCCCGUGCUCCUCUGCCUGUGGCUGUACACAGGGACCUUGGGCUCCAGGGUCUGUAAAGCUUGAGCUGUGUCUUGAAAGCGAAACAUAGAUGAAAGUCAGCUCUAAAACCACACGUGGCUCCACGGAGUCGGGUGGUAUUUGAGUGUUCAGGGUGACCGACUGACACCUCUGACAGUUGAUGAUGUUAAUGGGAUCAUCAGGUAACUUCUCAACAAGUUGUUUUCUGCUUUUGCCCUGGGAUGUUUCCUUGUCAUAGAUAUGUGUCAACCAGCAGAACUCCUGAUCCUCUGCUCUGUCUGACCAGCCGGUGAUGCCUGGACGGGGGGUUGAGGGGCAGGAAGGUUCUUGGAGCUGACAGUCUGGAACUUUUGAAAGGGGAAAAGUUGCCUUUUUAAAGCAUACAGUGAUUUUGUUUUUUACUUUUAAAUCUAUGAAUGUCAGUUUUUAGUCAUGUGUUGAUUGUAACGAGUGGAACGUCUAUCAGUGCCUUACGGUUUUACUGUAUCGAAGGGUUUCUUGGUGAUUGCUGCUUCUGCAGGGACGGCUCUGUGCACAGCUCAGUCACUCCAUUUUACACUCUUUUUUUAGUCUCUUUUACUGUCUUGGUGGAGGUGAUUCUUGUGUUUUUUGCUAGCCCUUGAAAAACUUCAGUGCUUGGGAAAAUGAUACCGGGAAGCUGAUGAGGGACCUGAAUCCUGUUCUUGUCUCUUCUCAUUCCCAUUCUGAUUUUUUGCCUGUAUAAUUAGAGCAGGAGACUGAGAAUCUAUCAUCCUGUUCUCAGAAUUAUGCCCUGGGGUUAGUGUUCACAUCCCAAGCUACUCAUUAGCCUCUGUACAAACAGAAGCAAAACUCCCUGAAAUUUCCUUCCCAAAUUGAUGGUGGCACCGUUUUGCCCCAGCCACGGCGUCUGAGAAUCUGUGGUUUCAAAUUCCAACCUGGAUGAGCUCUUUGGCAGCCGUCUGGGCGCUGGGGUGAGCUCCCGAUGAAAGGUGGGGUGGGAACGGGCCGUGACCAGGGAUGGGGAAGGAGAGGCAGGCCCCUGGAACAAAUGGCUUCCUGUGAACAGGCCUGGCCCCUCUGGAGGAGGCUGGGCCACCAUCCCUUAGCGAGGCAGGCCCGUGGCUGCGGGAUUGCUGCGGGGUUCUCUUCGGUGGUUGUUGUCCUCCUGGGUUUUUGGUUGUUUCUGUGUGUUUCCUCAAGGUGCUCGGGUGGAGAAAAGUUUUCAAUCCGGUCCUGUUCAAACUGACUCGUGAAUAAACUUACUUUGACCUGA